AUGGAUGUUAUAGAGGACAUCAAAGAGGAUGCACCGCGUGGCGAAAAGGAAGAUGAUUCCUUUCCCUCGAGCGAUCCGGAAAGUGCUCCAGAAAGCAGCCAUGCUCUAGAGUGGGAAGAUGAUCCUCGCAAUCCAUACAACUGGAGCGAUGGAAAGCGGAUGUACCAUACAGUCUGCGUAGCCCUCUACGCGUUUACGGUCACUUACAUGUCUUCAGCCUACGCACCAGGGGCAAAAGCAACUGGAGAAAGAUUUCACGUAUCAGAAACGGUUUCAUUGCUCGGUAUCUCGCUCUUUUGCCUCGGACUGGCAUUCGGACCUAUGAUAGGAGCACCUCUCAGUGAAACGGCAGGACGAUUGGUUGUCUAUCGGCUGGGCUUACCCCUCGCCACGCUCUUUCUCAUCGGUGCUGCGGUCUCCAAAAGCAUUGCCUCAGUUGUGAUUUGCCGCUUCUUCGCCGGUGUAUUUGGAAGCCCAGCAUUGAGCGUGGGUGGUGGAACAAUGGCAGAUAUGUGGCCGCCCGCACGUCGUGGACCAUCGACAGCACUCUUCGUUAUGGCUCCUUUUAUGGGGCCAUGCAUUGCUCCAAUCAUAGGUGGCUUCGUCAUAGAACGGUUAAACUGGAGGUGGCUCGAAUGGGUCUCUGUCUUCUGGGGCGUCGCGACAUGUGUAUUUGCUCUUGGUAUGAGUGAAACCUACAAAAAGACCAUUCUCGAGCGCGAAAUGAAGAAAGAAAACCCGUCUUACCGAAUCAAGAUGCCUACGUUAAGCUGGGGUGCUAUACACAAAUGGGCAAGCGAGUCCUUGGUGAGGCCUUUGCAGCUUCUAUUUACCGAACCCAUCGUCUUGUUCCUGAGUCUCUAUAUUGGCUUCGAUUUUGCUGUGCUAUACGCCUUCUUCGCUUCCAUACCACUUGUUUUCCAAGAAACAUACCACUUCAAUUCUCACCAGAAUGGAUUGGUUUUUAUCGCUCUAGGAAUUGGCGCGUUAUUAGCAACGCUGACGAACGUUCUUUGCGACCGCUUCAUCUAUACACGAAAGUGCGCUGAGGCACGAGAAAGGGGUGAAACGGGCCAUAUACCUCCAGAAGAGCGUCUCUAUCCAGCACUCAUGGGAAGUUUUGGAGUUGCCAUUGGCCUUUUUUGGUUUGCUUGGACUGCCCGCCCUAGUGUACAUUGGAUAAGCCCGAUUCUUGCUUUGAUCCCAUUCAACUGGGGCAAUCUUUGCAUCUUUGCAACCAGUAUAACUUAUAUGAUUGACUGCUAUGGCGCUCGGUAUGGAGCUUCGGCGCUUUCUGCAAAUGCCUUUACACGCUACAUCUUUGCUGCCGCCUUUCCGCUUUUCAUCAUUCAAAUGUAUGAUACGUUGACGACAAAAUGGGCCGCCAGUCUACUUGGUUUCAUAGCCAUUGGCUUGAUUCCUAUCCCCUGGCUACUGUUUAGGUUCGGUUCAAAGAUCCGGCAGAAGACACGCUUCGCUCUUUAA